AUGAGAAUUGAGGUACCCGCCCGCCCCGCCUCAUUGCCAUCACUAGAGCCAGGGCAGCAGUCUGACGACUAUGAAGCACAGCCAUCAUGGGAUGGUGGUGGUGGUAAAUUUGGUGGUCAGUUUGAAGAUAUGGAUGCACACAGUGACAUAGAGAACCCUAAUACACUAGUUUCUCAGCCUCGGCAGGUUGCUAAAAUUGAAGACAAAUGUGAUAAGAGGUCAAAGCAAGUCAAUGUUCGAAGGUUGAAGGAAACACUUUGGCACCAUAUACAAGAAUCUUCCCAAUCAUCUCUACAGGUCCAAGAAGAGCCAGCGUCAUUCAAGGACCUAUUGUGA